GGUAUCAUUUUUUUUUAAUCUGGUCAGACUGGAUGAAAUGGUAAACAAACAAUAUUGAUAACAAUGGAAGCCGCUGAGAUUAAAUCUGAAUUGGAGGAAGAUGGCACUGAAGAAACAAACCCCAACGUGCAGGAUGAGGAUCCAGAAUCGACCCCAAUCUCGGAAGAUGCAGGUCCCAAAAAGCUUUACGACAUCCAGAGAAUCCGCCAGUUUGGGGAAGUUCCACUUCUGAUAAAGCGCAUGGAACCUCAGGACUCCGUUGUAAGCUACUCUGGAGCUGUGAAAGUUCUGGAAGAAAUAUUAGAAUUUCUACGUCGACACCACAUCCCACGUGGAGCGGGAAUCGCGCUACGGAUCACCCAGCAUACAAAAGCCUCCUGCCUGUUAAUUCUAGCAGUCCUCAAUCACAAUUGCCAUUUUUUCGCGACGGACAAGAUGCUGCUCUCCCAAGCGCUACAUGGCCAGAUGUGUGCCGCCGGCGUGGAAUACCUUCUUGUAAGUGAACACCUUGGAGUUGGAGCCAUGUUCUUUGAGCGAUUGGAUAGCAUGCUGGUAUUUGGGGAGGAGUGCAAGCUUUUUAGGAUAAAGCACGGUUCCAAUGACCCACCCGUCCAAGCAAAGAAACCGCUGCCACCUAAUAUGUGUUACACCAUCACCACUACAGGAACCACCGGAAGCCCCAAGCUCGUCCACGUGCCUUACGAGUGCAUUGCACCCAAUAUACUGUCGCUUAGCCAGAAACUAAACGUCUCUAUGGCGGAUAUCAUUUAUCUGGGCACUCCGUGCACCUUUGAUCCUUUUGUAGUUGAACUCUUUCUGGCUUUGCAAAACGGAUCCGCCGUGCUAUUUAGUCAUCAGUCGAUGAAGGAGUCUCCCAGCCGCGUGCUGAAUGCACUGUUUCCCAGUAACUUGGCCAAACCUGGAAUCACCAUACUGCAGAUGACUCCUUCGCUUUUUCGGCAGUUUGGAGCUACUGCCAUAAGAGAACGAAUACUAAACAGCUCCAGUUCAUUGAGAGUUCUACUUCUUGGCGGCGAAGUAUUUCCCUCCAAUGCUGAGCUUGUUUCGUGGAUGGACCCUCGAAUAUUACUCCAUAAACAUAUUUGCAAUAUCUAUGGGAUAACGGAGAUAUCAUGCUGGGCCCUCCUGCACAUGGUUCAAUCUCUGAAAAGCCAAAUGCCCCUAGGAACACCUAUCGAUGAGAGGACAGUUCUGCGAAUUCAAUGUGAGACCGAUGGGGAUCUGGAAUACGGAGAGCUCUUUCUCGGAAGCGCCACGCGGCGCUGCUACAUUCCAGAGAUCGAUGACAAGUCGGAAGAAUUGGAAGACGACGCCAGUGUUUGUUUUCGAGCUACUGGAGACAUGGUUCAUCGGCUCAAAGACGGCACAAUAUGUUAUGGAGAGCGGGCGAAUGAUGUGGUGAAACGAGCUGGAAAUCGAAUCAGCCUAGGUCUAAUUACCCGGAAAGUGGAGAGAUGUUUACCCAAUGGCGAGCUCGCAACUUGCCUAUGGUUGGGGGAUCUGCAGAAGCUGAUCUGCUGCAUUCGCACUCUGGAGCCAAAAACAAAAGUUCAACAGCGAGCCCAGACAUUCGAUAUCUUGUCGAAGCUAUCAAAUGCCGAGCAACCGGAUAGAUUUGUUUAUCUGCAACACUUACCUUGCAAUGUGCACGGUAAACUGGACAAAGAACUACUCCUUAAAGAAUGCAUUCCACUUGCCCAACCGGCGCAAGAAAUAUUGAAAAGCUUUCUGCUGGAUAGACUGGAAUGCAUGGAUGUGGAUGAUGAGAAAGCUGCCGUGAAACGCCAGCGAUUGGAGGACUGUGAUCCGUGCGGCUAUGACUUGAGUUUUCGUCAAGCAGGUGGCACUUCCUUUCACGCCAUCACCAUAUGCCGGGAGAUCGGUCUGCAAAUGUGCAUCGAUGAUGAGCAGCGUCACUUGUUUGAAAUGCUGUUGGAUGAAAACAUUCCCUUGCGUACUGUUCUGCGCUUUCUGGAUACGGCCAAGUUGGUGGCCAAUAAUACCAAACUAAAGCCCGUGGAACAGUUGUCAAAAAAGGUGACCUCUUGUGCCAGUUCCUGUGGACUGGUCAUUAAACGCAUCGAACAGCCGGUCCUUAACGUUCAGCUUCAAUGGAAGGUGAACUUCGACAAGUGUGUGGACUCCCCAGUGACCCAGUACGAAGGACGCUACGUAUGCGUGGGUGCUCAUUCGAAAAUCCUACGCGUGCUAGAUCCUCAGACAGGAACCGAACAGAGCACUGUAAAGUUACCCGAUCGGAUUGAGUGUAAGGCCACUUUUCUUAGUGAACAACUAGCUAUGGUCGGAUGCUACGAUGGCAGUCUCUACGGUUUUAAUCCCCUAACUGGUGAUAUUCUCUGGAAUGUGGAAAUCGGUGGCAUGAUCAAAUCGCAACCGCUGCUCUCGGCCGAUGGCAGCAGAAUUGUGGUCUGUAGCUAUGCGGAUGAUUAUAAUGUGUACUGUCUAUCCGCGGAGCGUCAGGAAGUGCUGUGGUGUCUAAAAAUAGGCGAGAAGCCCAUUUUCGCCACCCCUAUAGAGUUGCCCAGGGAACAAUCUCUGAUCAUUUGUACUCUGGACGGUAGCUAUGCCAGGGUUACCCUUACCGAGGGAACCGUGGAGUGGACUCAGAAACUCCGAGAGCCAAUCUUUGCGACGCCUGUUCUGCUAGACUCCAAGGCCAGCAUCUUUCUCAGUGCGGAAGUGGCUGGUCGCGUGCAUGCUUGUCAUGUGGGGAAUGGAAAGAUACUGGCAACCUUUAGUACAGAGGGAAACAUCUUCUCGUCGUUGGUAGUCAAGACGCCACCAACGUUUAUGGGACACUCCUUUGUUGUUUUUGGAUGCAUUGACCAACAUGUCUAUUGCCUGCGAUGCACUACUGGAACGGGUCGAGUGUCAGUGGAGUUCCAGCUGCACUGGAAAGUCAACGUCGGGGCACCCGUUUACGCAACACCCACGCUACUGACUGUCCAGCCCAAUGGGCUGUUUGUAUGGUGUAGUGCCACCAACGGCCAGCUCCAUUUGAUGAAUUUCCGCAAUGGGGAGACCCAGUGGCAGGGCAAGCUCCCUGGGGAAGUUUUCUCUAGUGCGUGCUUCAUUGAGAACCUGCGGAAAAUCUACGUGGGAUGCCGAGACAACUACUUGUAUUGUUUGGGUAUCUGAAGAACCAUUACUUU